AUGGAUGGCCAAGAUCUUUCACCACUUGUAUUAAACGGAUCUCGACCGUCCAUAUGUUUUCCACUUGGCAUUGCCCUUCUCUUGUUCACCUUCUUCAUCUUAAGUGGUAUCUUCUCAUGUUGCUACCACUGGGAAAAGUAUCGCAGAUUUCACCAAUCUAUCUCUGCUCAUGAAGCUGCACAAUCACAUACUCAUACGGAAUCAGAACCCUUCAAGUUUAUACCUCAAUUCUCGGAACUGGAGAUGGAAGAGACGGAAAAAAGCAUCACGGUGUUGAUGCCAGGAGAUGAAGUGCCGAAGUUUAUAGCUAUGCCUUGUCCGUGUCAACCGCCCCGGCCAGAAGGGAUUGUUGUUGACUUGGAGCAACCGUGA